AUGCCGUACCACUGUUGCGUUCCCGUUUGCCGACAGCGCGGCUACGUCGACGAACAUGGACAAAAGGUUUCCUUUCACAGAUUUCCGGAGGACAGUCAGGUUCGUAGGCUGUGUAUCGUCGCCAUCAAGAGGGAUCCGGGGAAGCAUUUCCAAAUUACGAAAAACACAAAGGUGUGUUCACUGCACUUUAAGGAGGACGAUUUCCUCAGCAAUGUUGCAAGCGGAAUGAGGAUACUACGGGAUGGUGCGGUUCCAUCCAUCCUUGCUUUCAACAAGCCAAGGAGGGAGCGCAAGGCGCCAAAACCGAGAACAACUAUGGCAAGUCCCGAGUAUCCACUGUGCUCUAUCGAAAACUUUGAAAACACACUGGACGACACACAUGACUCCUCACUAGUCGAAGCUUGUUCAUGUGGCAACGAAGAAGAGCUUCAGAAAGUUAAAGCAGAAUUGACUGAGCGCGACAGAGAGAUCAGAAAGCUUCACCGAGAAGUGGAAGAAGCACGAGCAGAGAUAAAGGAGAAAAACGCCACCAUAUUUAGACUAGAAGCAGAGCUCAGCAGUGCCAAGCAGGAAAGUGCUCAUUUGCAGGACCUAUGUCCUCCUUUCUCUGUCAACAAAUUUACGAGCAGUGCAGACGACAUAAGCUUCUAUACUGGCCUCCCAAGUUAUGCACAUUUUAACGCACUUCACAGUUAUCUGGACCCCGGAAUCGACGGAAGCAACAUGAAGUGGCACGGUUCUAAAGGACAAGCCGGUGAUGUCUCACGGGGCCGCAAGCGAAAACUAAGCACAGAGAAUCAGUUAUUUCUUGUCCUCGUGAAGCUUCGGCUCGGACUCUUCCACAGACACCUAGGACAUUUGUUCAGCAUUUCCAUAGGCACAGUGUCCAGAAUACUGACCACCUGGAUUGAUUUCAUGUAUGUGAAGCUUGGCAAGCUACCGAUCUGGGCACCCAGAAGUGUGAUCGAUGCCACCAUGCCUCCACAGUUCAAAGCUAAAUACCCCUCGACUAGGGUUAUUAUCGACGCCACAGAAAUCCGAUGCGAGGUUCAUAGCUCACUUGCACUACAGUCUGCAACCUAUUCGCACUACAAAUCGACAAAUACCUUCAAGGGACUUGUUGGAAUUGCACCUGAUGGACGGCUCACGUUUGUCUCAGAAAUGUUUACAGGCUGUGUGCCAGACAGAGAGAUAGUCGUCAAAAGUGGGUUUCUGGACCUAGAGUUUGCCGCAGGUGACUCUGUGAUGGCAGAUAAAGGUUUUAAAAUAGCAGACCUGCUAGAGAAGAGAGGCGUAGGCUUAAAUAUCCCGCCCUUCCUUAGAAGUCGACAGUUCAGUGCACAGGAGACAUUGGAAACUCAGGAAAUUGCAGCUUUGCGGAUACACGUGGAAAGACGGAUACAGAGAAUCAAGACAAACCACAUAUUUGACAGAUGCCUACCAAUAUCUCUAGGACCCAUCGCAAACCAGAUAUGGACAGUUUGUGCCAUUUUGUCUAACCUCCAAAGCCCACUGAUCAAGGACAUUGAAUAG